ACUACGCAGACCCCUUUCAAAACAUGUGGCUAUAUAUAGCACUAGCGUUGAUUGCCCUUGUCUAUUAUGUGUUUAAAAGCCUCAAAUAUGAUCAUUGGGAGAAAAAAGGAGUACCCACAGCGUCCGGAAACGAAAGGUUUUUUGGACACUUUAUACUGGUGAAAAAACAUUUGAUCGAAUUUUAUGAAGCUAUGUACAAAGAAUUUCCUGACGCACCAUUAAUCGGGUACUAUAUGAUGUGCGUCCCCGCAUUGGUGGUAAAGGACAUGGAUAUCAUCAAAACGAUUCUGAUAUCGGAAUUUUCCAGUUUCAACUUCAAUGGAUUUACGGUAGACAAAAACGCCGAUCCAAUAGCUGCUGCGCACCCGUUCGUUCUCAAAGGCGAGGAAUGGAAGUCUGCUCGGGCUCAAGUAACCCCAUCUUUGAGUUUAGCCAAGCUGAAGGGCUAUUUGCCCAGUAUACUGAAGGUGGGAGACGAAAUGGUUAAAUAUGUGAAGAAAAACUGCGUUGGAACAGCCGAAUUUGAAGCCCGCAAAUUAUCUAUGUUGUAUGCCACAGAUGUCAUAGGAAGUGCCUUUUAUGGUAUUGAAAAUAAUUCGUUUGAGAAUAAAGACUCAUUGUUGUCUUUGUUAACAAAUGAGUUACAUUUUGAGACCACAGUUUUCGAGAAUAUCAAACAAUUUAUUCAACGUAUGCCGAUUAUAAAUAAGUUUUUCCCAGCGAGGUUUGCUUCACAAAAACUCACGGACGUGAUGGUCGCGAUCACGCGUAAGGUAGUAAAGGAAAGAUUGGCGACCGGUGAAAAGCGAAAUGAUCUUAUUCAACUUUUGCUUACACAGAAGGAAAACGAUACUAAAGGAGGUAGCGUGGUCGAGGCUCUUCUCCUUGUCCUUUGCUAUUAUUUCAAUUCUAAACCCAAUUUUCGCUUUGCAGAAUCAUUCCGGCUGUUCAGCUUCUUCCUAUCUAGAGAAUGCACCAGCGACUGCUACGUACCCAUGCCAGGAUCUGAACCCUUCAAGAUCACCAAGGGUACACCGAUCGUCAUACCAGCAGGGGCCAUCCAUAAAGACCCCAAAUAUUACCCGGACCCGGACAAGUUUGACCCUGAGAGGUUUACCGAAGAAGAGGUGGCUAAGAGACCGAGGUUUGCUUUUAUGCCGUUUGGUGAUGGACCGAAGAAGUGCAUAGGUGCUCGGCUUGUCACAUUGCACAUAAAAGCAGCUAUUAUCAAGAUCCUCGACAACUUCAGGUUGACACCUUCACCAAAAACCAAAUACCCCUUCGAGAUCGAUCAGCACUACAUCCUUACUUUCAAGCCUAAAGGUGGCACUUGGGUGAAUUUUGAACCGAUUACUCAAUAA